AUGGGAGGCGGGGGUCAGCAGACAGAGUCUCAGGAGCCCAGCGGGAGAGAUCCAGAUGUGUACACCUGGGAGGAGGUGCAGAAGCACUGCAGUAGGAAUGAUGAGUGGCUGGUCGUCAAUCGAAAAGUUUACAAUGUCACCCAGUGGGCCAAAAGACAUCCGGGAGGGUUUCGGGUCAUCAACCACUACGCCGGGGAGGAUGCCACGGAAGCUUUCAACGCUUUUCAUCCCGAUCCAAAGUUAGUGCAGAAGUUUCUGAUGCCUCUGCUGAUCGGGGAGUUGGCUGCUUCAGAGCCAAGCCACGACCACAACAAAAACGCAGAAAUCAUUCAGGAUUUUAAGACUUUACGAGAGCAGGCAGAGAAGGAGGGUCUAUUUCGAGCCAAACCUUUGUUCUUCUGCCUCCAUCUGGGCCACAUCCUGCUGCUGGAGGCCCUGGCGUGGCUGCUGGUCUGGUACUGGGGGACGAGCUGGACUCCGACACUUCUGUGUUCGUUGUUGCUGACAACCGCUCAGGCACAGGCUGGAUGGUUGCAGCAUGACUUUGGUCAUCUAUCUGUCUUCAAGAAGUCUCGAUGGAAUCGCCUGAUGCACAGUAUUGUCUUUGGACAUUUCAAGGGAGCCUCACCCAACUGGUGGAACCAUCGACACAACCAGCAUCACGCCAAACCAAAUGUCAUGAUGAAAGACCCUGAUGUCAACAUGGUGGACAUCCUUGUUCUUGGAGCCACUCAACCAGUGGAGUAUGGAAUAAAAAAGAUCAAAUUAUUGCCCUAUAACCACCAACACAAAUAUUUCUUUCUUGUGGGACCACCACUACUUAUUCCAGUUCUCUUCAACAUUCAGUCACUGCAAAGCAUGAUUUCCCAUCGAAAAUGGAAUGACCUUGUGUGGCACAUAACAUAUUAUAUUCGCUACUACUUGUGCGCCAUACCCCUUUAUGGCUUUUUUGGCUCAGUGGCACUCAAUUAUUUUAUGAGGUUUUUGGAGAGUCACUGGUUUGUGUGGGUGACGCAAAUCAACCAUCUUCCAAUGAAGAUUGAUCACGAGGGGCACAGAGAGUGGCUGACGAUGCAGUUACAAGCCACCUGUAAUGUUGAGCAAUCAUUCUUCAAUGACUGGUUUACUGGACACCUCAACUUCCAAAUCGAACACCAUUUGUUUCCCCUGAUGCCACGUCACAACUACCAGCUGGUGGCCCCGCGGGUCCGAGCACUGUGUGAGAAACAUGGGAUUCCUUACCAGGUCAAAACGCUGUGGCAAGGCUUGGUUGACGUUGAGGUUUUCUCAGCUUUUCAUCCUGAUCAGAAGUUUGUGCAGAAGUUCCUGAAGCCUUUGUUGAUCGGGGAGCUGGCAGCGACAGAGUCCAGCCAGGACAUCAACAAAAACGCAGCAAUCAUUCAGGAUUUUGAUAUUCUGCGAGAGCAGGCAGAGAAGGAGGGUCUGUUUGGAGCCAAACCUUUGUUCUUCUGCCUCCAUCUGGGCCACAUCCUGCUGCUGGAGGCCCUGGCGUGGCUGCUGGUCUGGUACUGGGGGACGAGCUGGACUCUGACGCUUCUGUGUUCAGUGAUGCUGGCAACCGCUCAGUCUCAGGCCGGGUGGUUGCAGCAUGACUUCGGCCAUCUGUCCGUUUUCAAGAAGUCUCGAUGGAAUCACCUGGUGCACAAGUUUGUCAUCGGACAUUUGAAGGGAGCCUCAGCCAACUGGUGGAACCACCGACACUUCCAGCAUCACGCCAAACCGAACACCUUCAUGAAGGAUCCUGACAUCUACAUGUUGGACAUCUUCGUGCUUGGGGACACUCAGCCAUACGGAGUGAAAAAGAUCAAGCACUUGCCUUAUAACCACCAACACAAGUACUUCUUUCUUGUGGCACCACCACUGCUGAUUCCAGUUUUCUACAACUUUAAUAUCAUGAAGACCAUGAUUUCCCGUCGUGACUGGGUGGACCUGUCAUGGGCCAUGACGUACUACCUCCGUUACUUCUACUGUUAUGUUCCCCUUUAUGGCAUUUUUGGCUCGUUGGCUCUCAUGACAUUUGUAAGGUUUCUGGAGAGUCACUGGUUCGUGUGGGUGACACAGAUGAGCCACCUGCCCAAGGACAUCGACCAUGAGCGAAAGCAGGACUGGGUGACCAUGCAGUUACAGGCCACUUGUAAUAUUGAGCAGUCCUUCUUCAACGACUGGUUCAGCGGACACCUCAACUUCCAAAUUGAGCACCAAAUGCCACGCCACAACUACCCUGUAGUGGCCCCGCAGGUCCGUGCUCUUUGUGAAAAACACGGGAUUCCUUACGAAGUCAAAACUUUGUCGCGAGGCAUGGCUGAUGUUGUCAGGUCACUGAAAAAAUCAGGGGAUCUCUGGCUGGAUGCAUAUCUUCAUAAAUGA